AUGUCUGACCAAGAUCUUGUGUGGGUGGAUCAAAAGGAGCUGUGGAUCGAUAGACGAAGCGAGACUGCUACAGCCGUGCGCCAGCAUGUCAUGCUCAACUAUCUCCGUAAGCCACAAUCUCUGACACAACCAAGCGAGUGCCAGGAUUCUGUCAAGCUCAAAUCUCGACCACACAUGCCGACAAAGAAGCUCACAGACAUGCGAAGGACGGUCAGUAAGCAGCCUCAUGCAGGGCGAGGUCGUUUAAUGUCUUCGAAAAAUGCAAGGACCAAAGCUGGCUGUGAGCGGGAGUACACGCCAGAUCCUACGUUGGCUAUCGCGUCCGACGAGGAUGUUGCGUUCUCCCAAGCGUCCUGGUGGCACUCGUACUUUCCAUCUGGCGAUUAUUAUGCUGACUGGAUCGAACAGUGUCGUAUAUCCUGGAACCGGCGCUUUUGGGCAUUCUCAAAGGAGGACCCUAUCCUAAGAGAGCUGUUCUUUUCCAUCAAUGCUGCCAAGGAAGCAUCGGUAAGAGGUCUCCCGAGAAGCAAGUCCUACUAUACGCACAAAGGCAAGGCUAUGUGUUUGAUGGCCGCAGAUAUACAGAAUGGAAAUGUCCGGCGUACGGCGUUCGCGGCCAUGUGUCUGCUUUGCAAGACUGCAUUUAUCGAGAAGGACUUUGAAGCUGCCAUGUCCCACAUGCUCGCCAUUUCCGCAGUGACAUCGCAGGCCAAGGGAAAGGAACUCGAGGCAUUGUGGCUGUGCGUCUUCGCUGACUAUCGAAUUGAUCAUCAAGAGUGUGACGCGACCCUGCAAGACUUCAUCACGUGGGCAGAUAUGAACCUGAUGGGUGCCACUCGACGUGUGCCUGGCGUUUCGAAGGCACAAGGCAUUGAGCGACAUGACUCAACGCUAGCACGCGCCCGGGACCAGCGUGUAGUCUUCCUGGCCGACUGCAAUGUGCUUAGCAUGCCCGCAUCUUCCGAAUUAAGCACCAAGAGGUUCAGGACAAUGUUGCAUAUGCUCCACUCGCUCGCGGCUGCGUACGACACACCCGCAGGUGGCGAUACUGGAGUAAGCUCACCUUGGACACUAUCUUACGAUCUUGCGUAUCAGUUGACAAAUCUACGUGAGCGCCUGGAAGGAAAGCGAGACUGGACAAAUCCUCUUAAGCACAGUCCACAUCGGGCGUUCUUACUGGCGUCCAGGGUACAGUACUGGGGCAUGUCGUCCCAGUUCGUGCCUCAAGCCGACCUGGAAUCUGGGACCCUGACCCAGGCGAGCUGUGGACAUUCUGGUCGACGGCAUGUCGAACGUGCCUAUGGCUCACUUUCGAGACAAAUGGACCCUGUGUGGUGGGAAGCUCGAUGCACUGUUGUGGGUACUGUUCAACGUCGCUGCAAGGCUGAUCAGGCGUCAGUCUGUGGUGGAGCAGUCUAA